CUGCCAAAUGAAAGAUGUUAACUGCAGCCUUGCGUGUUCGUGUCUUGUGUGUGUUUCGCAGUCACCUAUGCCCAAGACCAUUCUGAUACCCAUCCCUAUAUCCAAGUCAUCGGCCCCUCGUUUCCGCAGCGUGGAGGGCCUCAACCAGGAGAUCGAGCGCAUUACCAUCCAAGACACCCCUGAAAAGGACGAGACCAUCGUUCCACAGGAUGUCCCAGAUGGGCACCGUGCACCCCCACCCGUCCCCCCACAGCGCAGCAGCAGCACCCGCAGCAUCGACACACAGACUCCCAGGGGCGGCCUGAUGGUAACACAGCACUGCAGUAGCCGUCCCGACUCCAUCUCGCCCUCCUACCUCACCGUCCUCAACGACACAGGUGGAGGCAGCCCCUAUGAAGACAAAGAGCUGGGCCCUUACUCCCCUCUGCCUAAAUACGCUGCCUCUCCCAGACCAAACAACAGCUACAUGUUCAAGAGAGAACCUCGAGGCUGUGAGAAGGUCAAAGUAUUCGAGGAGUUCAUGCCCAAACCUCUGCAGGAGAUUCCUCCCUUCCUGUGUCCCGACCGCAACAAGGUCAACUUCAUCCCUAACAGCGGCUCUGCCUUCUGCCUCGUCAGUAUCCUAAAGCCCUUACUCCCCGCCCCAGACCUCAACUUUCGCCCCGGGGUGGGCCUCCGAAGCCUGUCCCCGUCCCUCGUGCCUCUGUCCACCCAGCCCUGCCUCCUGGAAGAGCCUGAGAGCUUCUGACACCCCACGAGGGCUUCAAGUCGCCACAGCCCCCACGAAGGAAACCCCCUCCUCCCCAA